AUGAAACGAACAGAACGUAGCUGGAUGUAUGAAAGGAAGGUUGGGCCAUAUGUUAAUCCAGAGUUCGUGAAAGGGUUUGAUGAGUUCAUGCAGUACGUCAAAGAUAAUCCCGAAAGUAGUAACCCGAAUGAAGUUAGGUGUCCAUGUGCUAAAUGUAAGAACAAACGGCUUUGGGACCCAGAUACGGUUAAACUUCAUUUGUUUCGUGCGGGUUUUGUACCUAAUUACUAUGAGUGGAUGUGUCACGGGGAAGGGUUUCCGACAAUUCCUGCAAGUGGGUCCAACGAAUAUCGUGAAAUGGUUUUCGAUGCGUUUGGUCAAAGUCAGGAUCAUGGGCAUUCCGAGCAGGCUAGUGUUUCAUCAGAGGAGGAGCCUAAUGCCCAAGCUAAGCAUUUUCUGGAUUUGUUGAAGGCUUCUGAAAGGCCAUUAUACGAAGGGAGUUCGUUGUCUGUGUUGGAGAUGGCCGCUAGAAUCACAAGUCUAAAGUGCAAGUAUAAUCUUUUGCACAGAUGUGUCGAUGGGUUUGUUUCACUUUUCAGUGAAGAAAUUCCUAACAACAAUCAAAUGGUCGACACAUUCUAUGAGGUGAAAAAGAUUAUGAAGGGCUUGGAAAUGCCUCAUGAAAGGAUUCACGCUUGUCCGAAGGGAUGUAUGUUGUUUUGGAAGGAUGAUGCCCAGCUGUCUACAUGUAGGGCGUUUGGUAGCGAUCGAUACAAGCAGACUUCCAAGGGUAGCCUAGUGCCUUUAAACGUUUUGUUUUAUUUCCCGAUCACACCCAGGUUGCAAAGGCUAUUUACAACCAAGACUAUUUCGGAGGAAAUGACAUGGCAUUCGAAAAAUCCUCGAGUGCAAGGCACUAUGGCACACCCUAGUGAUAGUGAAGCUUGGAAACACCUGGACAACUGCUUUCCAGAGUUUGCCUCCGAGCCUCAUAAUGUUCGGCUUGGUUUGUGUACAGAUGGUUUUGCUCCUCAUGGCAAAUUUGGGGGACAAUAUUCUUGUUGGCCUGUCAUUUUGACCCCUUACAACCUCCUUCCCUCAAUAUGUAUGAAAAGACAAUUUAUGUUCCUUUCGUUGCUCGUUCCUGGUCCUAAAAAUCCUAAGGGCAACUUGGAUGUGUACAUGCAACCGUUGAUUGAGGAGUUGAAACAGUUGUGGGAAGUUGGUGCACAUACGUAUGAUAUUUCCAUGAAACAGAAUUUCAAUCUUCGAGCAGCCAUCCUAUGGACCGUUAGUGACUUCCCGGCUUACGGUAUGUUGUCCGGUUGGGCCACAUCUGGUAAGAAAGCUUGUCCAUAUUGCAUGGACAAAAGCAAAGCAUUUUGGCUAGAAAAUGGUUGUAAGGUGUCUUGGUUUGAUUGCCACCGCCAGUUCCUUUCGACGAAUCACCCAUUUCGGAAUAGUAGAACUGCGUUCUGCAGAAACAAAGUCGAAAAGGGUGCCCCUCCACACAUUAUGUUAGGAGAGGAGCUGUGGGAAUGUGUGAAAGACCUUCCAAAGGCUACAUAUAGGCUCGAGUCACUUCAACGCCUCAAAAAAGAAAAGAAGGGGUGGUUCAAGCAAAGCAUUUUGUGGGAGCUUCCAUAUUGGAAGCAUCUGCUUGUUCGUCACAACCUAGAUGUCAUGCACAUUGAAAAGAACUUCUUUGAUCAGUUAUUUCACACUGUAAUGGCUGUGAAAAAGCAGACGUGUGACGCGCCAUCCGCUCGAAAUGACAUUGCCAAAUAUUGUAAACGUCCGCAGCUUCAUCUUCAGCAGGAUGAUAGGGGAAAAGAGUUAUUGCCAAUGACUCCAUUUGCUCUUGACAAGGCUCAGAGAAAAGUUUUGUGUGAGUGGGUUAAACAGCUGCGGUUUCCUGAUGGUUACGGCUCCAAUUUGAGCAGAUGCGUCGAUUUGCAAGCAUGUAAGCUCCACGGAAUGAAAAGCCAUGAUUGUCACGUGUUCAUGGAGAGGUUGUUGCCUACUGCUCUGCAGGAAUUGCUCCCUUGCCAUGUUUGGAAUGCAAUAACAGAGAUCAUCCAAUUCUUUCGCGAUUUGUGUUGCUAUACAACAACGGUUAGUGACAUGGAGCGAUUGGAGAAUAACAUAGCUGAGAUACUGUGCAAGCUUUAG